UCAUGGUUGAUGCCUUAACACAUACUUCCUCCUUUCCAAAAUAUUUUAAGUCCUAUGUUUGUCCUAACUCCUAAGUCCAUUUUCCUUAAGUUUGAUCAAGUUUAGAGAAAAAUAUACUAAUAUCCACAACAUAAAUACAUAUAGUAGGAAUCUAUUAGAACUUCAAACAUUUUGGAAUGGAGGGGAGUACUGCUUAGUAUAUAUAUAGUAUGUCCCUGUCUUGCAUAGUGAAAGGAGGGAAUGCAUGGAUGUGAAGAUCUUGCUGCAUGCAAGUCAACUCUCGCCUUGUCCUGUCUGUUGUGUUGUCAGUACUGCAAUAUUCUGUGCCACACUUGUGACGUAGAUCCACGUUGGCUGUUGCUGCGCACGCGCAUAAAUAUAUGAUUUCCUUCUUCUAGCUCCUUCUUCCCCGUUGCAUCAGCCAUAAGCUUGGAGCCAUCCAUCUCUCUCUUGGGCCUCCUGUAGUCCUGUAGAUCUUUAGUGCUGUAAGUGUGGAUCGAACAAAGCAUAGGCAUCCUUUGUUUGUUCUUUGUUGUUUCCCAGGGGUGUGUUUUUUUCAUUCCCUUUCUGCGGAAAGACGGUUGUUAAUUGUAAGCAAAAAGGCUGGCUCUGUGAGCUGGUUCUGUAUGGGGUGUGCAUCGUCGAAGCAGUUCAAACGAGCUCCACGGCAUGAGGAUGCGGCUCUUCUGGCCAAAGAGACCACAUUUUCUCUGAAUGAAGUGGAGGCCCUCUACGAGUUGUACAAAAAGAUUAGCUAUUCUAUAUUCAAGGAUGGGCUUAUUCACAAGGAGGAGUUCCAACUUGCUCUCUUCAGGAACAGCAACCGGAAAAACCUUUUCGCUGAUCGGAUAUUUGAUCUGUUUGAUCUGAAGCGAAAUGGUGUGAUUGAAUUCGAGGAGUUUGUUCGGUCCCUCCACAUUUUUCACCCGGAUACACCCAUGGCAGACAAGAUUGCAUUUGCAUUCAGACUAUACGAUCUGCGAGGCACCGGCAGCAUUGAACGUGAAGAGUUGAAGGAAAUGGUGCUUGCAAUCCUGAACGAGUCAGACCUACUUCUUUCUGAUGAUGCUGUCGAACAGAUUGUAGAUCAGACAUUCAAGCAGGCAGACCUGAACAGCGACGGGAGGAUAGACCCCGACGAAUGGAAAGAGUUUGCAAGUAAAAAUCCAGCCCUGCUGAAGAACAUGACUCUCCCAUACCUAAAGGACAUAACCAUGUCAUUCCCCAGCUUUGUUGUCUACUCUGGAGCCGGCGACGAAGAGUUGUAGCAGCCAUCCGCACAAGCAUCUGAGAUUCUGACCUCUCAAGUCUCAGGCAUACAGCAACCUUCUGAGCUUCUCUCAUGUGGCUUGUGUUUUUCUUUUCGUUAACUGUACAAAAUUUUGGAUUAUGAAACACUGCUUUGUAGCAGAACGUGCACUGAGAAAUGGUACACAUCAGGUCAA